GUUACACUCGUUAUGCCGUUUCCGGUUAAAAACACGUUUUCGUGCUGACAGGUUGUUGGAUCUGUGAUUCUAGUCUAGCUCUAGGGUAACGUGCAGAAUGUCAGAUACAGAAGAUCCAGAGGAGCUGUUGUCCAGAAAGCACAAAAGAGAACGAAAAGAGCUACAGGCACAUAUACAAAAACUAAAACACUCAGUUCCUAAGGGAGACAAAAAGAAGAAGAAAGAAGUAACGGAACAAAUUGCCAAUCUAGAGCGUGAUUUAGACGAACGACAGGAGGCGGAAUCACAAGAGCUGAAGACAACAGUUGAAGUUUCAAAUGUAGCUGAACGCCUUGAGGCAUUGGACACAACUGAUGCUGAAACUACAUCAGAUAAUACUACAGGAUCUGCCUGUGCAGCGAUUGGGCAAGAGGAGAAAAAGUUAUCAAAGGCACAGAAGAGACGCAAUAAAAAAUUGGUAAAGGACCGCGAACGAGAAGAAGAAAUAAAACAACAAGAUAUCAAAAAUCUUUCCGGUGCAAGGCAUAUAGAACUACAAAAAGUGAAGGAAGCUCUGAAACGUCAAAAUCUGCAAAUAUUUGAAAUCAAAUCUGAUGGAAACUGCUUAUAUAAUGCUGUGAAUCAUCAACUGGCAAAAAAUGGGAGGAGUUCUUCAAACGAGGCUCUUCGUGAUCAGGUUUCCAAGUACAUGAAAGAAUACAGAGACGAGUUCUUGCCGUUUCUUACCAAAGACAAUGGCGACAUGUUCACUGAGGAUGACUUUGAGAAAUACUGCCAUGACACUGCGCACACAACUGCAUGGGGAGGUCAGCUAGAGGUCAGGGCCCUAUCACAGACACUUAAACAGCCAAUCAGAGUUGUGCAAUCAGAGGGCCCACCGGUCGUCGUUGGGGAGGAGUUUGGAAAUGACGACCAGCCCUGUAUUGUUCUUUGUUAUCUGCGACAUGCGUUUGGUUUGGGUGAACAUUAUAAUUCGGUGGAGGAUUUAUAAACAUGAUGAUGAUGAUGAAUUCUCUUGAUGAAAUUUAACUACCUUACACAAAUCUUAUAGCACAGAAACCUUUUAAAUCCUUGAUCACUCAAGGUUAUAGAGUUUUCUGAAACUUGAAUCAAACAAGAACCAUUUGUAUUUAUGUAUUUUUCAAAUAUGAAGUGUCAAGCAAUUGUUUCUUAAUUCAAACUAUUUCGGAGUUAAAUUGGUAUUAUUUAAUCAGAGAUGUUAAAGUAUUAAAUGGAAUUCAUUAAAACUAAAAACCUAAAUACUAGUCCCAUUGAACAUGAAGAUUCUAUUUUGAAUUUGAACUUCCUGCUCCAGAGACACACAGUGUGGCUUUGUGUAUUGUUAUUGUUUAAUUUUAAUAGUGAAAGUUGAAAGGAAAUAAUUUAUCUGAUAUUGAUGGUUUUGUAAGAAAAUAUAUUAAAGAAAUAUACAAUUGAC